GGGCGGGAGCGGGCCGGGCUGGAGCCGCAGCGCCAAGGGCUCGGCCAUGGGCGAUUUCCAGCUCUCGGUGGAGGAACUGAACGAGCUCCUGUCUAACGGGAGCGGCUGCUACAGCCUGCCCAGCGCGCACAGCAACGAGGUGGUGCCGCGCAUCCACGUGGGGAACGCGUUCAUAGCCAAGAACAUAACGAGGCUGCAGCAUCUGGGGAUAACCCAUGUUCUGAAUGCAGCAGAGGGGAAAUCAUUCAUGCAUGUGAACACUAAUGCAGAGUUCUAUGAAGGCUCAGGCAUCAGAUACCAUGGCAUUAAAGCUAAUGAUACACAGGAAUUUAACCUCAGUCGCUACUUUGAGGAGGCAGCUGAUUUUAUUGACAAAGCCCUUUCCCAGAAGGAUGGCCAGGUGCUGGUGCACUGCCGCGAGGGCUACAGCCGCUCGCCCACGCUGGUCAUCGCCUACCUGAUGCUGCGGCGCGGCAUGGACGUGCGCAGCGCGCUCUGCGCCGUGCGCCAGCAGCGCGAGAUCGGCCCCAACGACGGCUUCCUCCGGCAGCUCUGCCAGCUCAACGAGCGCCUGCUCAAGGAGGGCAAGGUCAAGCCCUAGAGCACAGCGCUGCGCUGGUUCUGUUUUCGGUUUCUCAGAGAUUUAGAGGAUGGGUUAGGCGCUUUAGAGACGCGAAUUUCAACCGCCCGGCUGGAAUUGCUGCUUGUCUAGUGAAAAUGUCCGUCUGGAACUCUGUGAUGUUUUCGAGAUGGGACAAAAUUGUGUCGCUGUUUGGAGCUGUUGCCAUCAAGGGAUGUUUGUAGAGGGGUGACUCAGCUGUCUUCACACACAUUUCAGAGCCCCUGCAGGUUCCAUAGCAUAUGUGGUUUGCAUUGACAUUGAAUGUGAUUUGUUUAAGCUUUGUCUUUAGUUGUCUCACCAGUUCAGGAGCACAUAAUCACAGAUUGAUUAUAUGCAGCUGCUUUUGUUGAAGAGCUCUGGGUGUCAGGGGCACAGACCCAAAUCUGACUCUGACAUGAGUUCAGGAUGAACACAGUUUUAUACCCUUAUUAUAUAACUCCAUAUUAAUUAUUAAACUUCAGUUGUUCUAUUGUAUACAUUGAUUUCAUCCAAGCAUGGAUCCUUGUAAUUUGAUGAGCCCUUGGGGGACACUGGACUGGGACUGUCCCAGUGCCACUUCCAGUGUCCCCAGUGCCACUCCCAGUGUCCCCAGUGUCCCCAUUUCCCUGUUCCCAGUGCAAACUGGAGCUGGUGGUUGGGUCCCUGGCGUCCUGCAUGGAGCUGGUGCUGAGGACAAGCCCUUGGGGACACUGGGCUGGGACUGUCCCAAUGUCCCCAGUGCCACUCCCAAUCCAAAAAUCCGAUACAUUGAUUUCAUCCAAGCAUGGAUUUUUGUAAUUUCUU